GAAGGCUCGAGAAGAAGAUGUUUUUUUACGCAGGAAAAUACUCGAACUGUUUCGCCUGAGGCUCGAUCCCCCAGCUGCUCAGUCAGGAAAAAGGCCAUUCCGUUCUUUGUGUGAUUAGUGCUCUCAUCGAUUGCAACAAUCAUGACGAUACUGGUUGCUUCAUCUCAAGAGGCCCUCCUGUACAUCACGGCUGGCCUGUGCACCUUCCUAGCCAUCAUUGUGUCUUAUCGAUGGCUGCUCAGAAAACCCGUCAAGGCCAGCGAAGAAGGGAAGGGAGAUAUCAAGAAGGAAAGCACAGAGCAAGAGGACACUGAAGAAACAGCCGAGAAGGACAAGCCAAAAGCGCCUGCAGUUUGUCCCUUUGGGUUCGGUGCCCCUCCUUCCACCGACGAGACCCAAGAACCCCAGCCACACGGAAGCCUGGACGACCUGCUCAUCGACAGCUCGGACAUCCAGCCCCUGAGCGAGGAAGAGAAGAGAAAGCUUCAAGACGACGGUGCCGGCAGCGUGGAGUCGGAGGAGGGCCAGGAGAUGUUGGACCAUCGGAGGGUUAAAGAGCUGGAGGAGGAAGUGGUCAAAUCUAUGUCCGAGCAACAACUGGAGGAUGAGAGGAAGGCUCGCCAGGCACAGCUGGAGGCUAUUUUUAACCUUAUGCAGGACAACUCGGAACGCUUCGGCAUGUCAUCGGUCGACGACGUUCAGAAUCAAUACAAACUCUACGUGUGACAGCGACUGAGUUGCGCUCAAGUCGGUGUUCAACCUUAUUUGUUACCGAUUUACAAGUUCAUUGUUUGUUUCUCAAUAGUUUGACCUAAAAUGUGUGAUAUCCUCCAAUAUCACGUUAGGUUUUGCAUUUAAUACAUUAACCCUAACCCUGCCAGACGCAACACAGUGCAUCAGGUGGAAAAGUCUGGUGCACUUUGAUGCAUUCAGCCACCAACACCAGUGCAUAAACGGCUGCUUCUGAGACAAUGAGAGCUAUUCCCAUAGACCAAUGCCACAGUUGUAUCCUGCAGCGUUCGGUGACCACAGACUCGAUCUGAGGCAGUUUGGCAUUGAGACUUUUGACGUGAUGGAUCUUGCUGCACUGGGCAGGAUUGUCACUUAGACAAAUGUUGCAUGCUGCUGCGUUUGGCAGGGUUUGUAGCCAAAGUACCCUGGAGGGUUAGGGUUAAGCCUUUAGUCACUGUAGCACCGGAAACCAACCUGCCUCUUACAGGUACUCACUUUAGCACCUGAAACCACCAGAGCACUUUUAGUAAAUUAUUGAUUCUUCAGUGAAUAAACACAAUGUAAUACAAUGUAGUACAGGUGCAAGUACAGGUACAACUGGGUUAGGUACUGCAGAGCCCAAAGACCAUUUCUUCACUCUGUAACAAAUUUUUGAUGAUAUACAAAGAGUGAGCCACACUGUUGGAUUUUGGGGGAUUCAGAGGAGUCCCUGUCCAAAAUUGCCUCUGGUCAUAUACUGUAGGUUCAAUUCUGUGGCACCAACAUGAUAUUCAGUAUAUGGUUACUGAGGUCCGUUGCUCCAAUAUGAAUGUAAAUGUAUGCGGCUACAGUCUGUCAUUUCCUGUGUAAAAUGAACUUGAGGUGCUAUUUAGUGAAGUACUGAGUUAUUCUUCCCUAUAAGCUAUGGGACACUCCAUUACUGGGAGGGUAUCAAACAACCGAAGGACAAGGUAGGCCUAUGGUUAUAUCGCAGGUAUCAGUUGGGAAUGUAGAGAACGUAAAGAAUAUGUUAAAGCACAUGAAACUUGAGUCGUGGUACACAUACACGUAUCGGUGCACUGCUUCUCCUUAAGAAAUAUAGAGCAAUAGGUUGAUGGAUAUUAAUUUGGAUGCAAAAGGGUGGACAAUGUGUGUUUAUAGUCAUUUGAAAGCCGUUGUGUGCCACGUUUGAGAGGUUUCUGUAAUCGUUAUCCUCCAAGAUCUAUUUAAAGAAAAACACAAGGAGGGUUGGAGACAUUUAUGUGAUUGAGAAAGGCGGAGGCCAGCCACUGUUAUAAGGCUCUCUCACAACCUGGCCUACGUCUGGGUACCGGAAGGCCAGCAUUGCUAUUGCAGUAGGCAAAGAUUGUACAGUGCCGCGCUGUGAUGGAUGCAAAAAACUGAGGAAAAUGUGGAGCCAACACCCAGUGCUGGGUUGGCAUGAUUAUGACAACCGCACACGGCACAGGUAGUGACCAUAAUGGCAUUUGAUGAAGAUUUGGAUGUUAUUUCAUAGAAAAAUAAGCCCUCCUGCCUAGUUUACAGCACACAACAUGGUUGCUAACCAAACGCUUGCCUACAGCAAUGGUGGCCAAUCACAGAGAAAUCCGAUGGUCACUUGCGAUCACAACCUACAUUGAUAUCUUCCCAAAUACUGCAAAAUCAUCCAGAAACUCUAGUCAUGUCUCUGCAAACACUUGCGGCUCAUCUGCAAUUUGGCAUGCACCUAGGUGUCGUCAAGGAUCAUUUAUAAAGCUGUUCCAAAUUUCUGUUAAUGCUGAUAUCAUUUACUUUAGUAGAGAAAAAAAUAUUGUUGUUGAUAUCAAGGUCGACGCUGCACUGUCUGUCAGAUACCGAACAAAUGUACAUAGAAAACAUAAUUAUAGUUGUACAUUGGAUUAUGAAAAAUUUGUACCAGUCAAUUGCUGAUUUUAAAUACAUGAUUUCAAAUUUGAUUCUU